AUGAUCAAGGCAGGAAGUACUGGAAAAGUGAAAAUAUUGAGUAUGGUUUUGUGGGUGAGAAAAGUCGAACCCACAGCAGUCAUGAUGAAUGCCAUUAAUCAAAGUUUGAGCACCCACAGAGCCAAACAUCCAUUGAGAAGAGUAGAAGUGAAAACCUUUACCAUCGCUACAGGGACCCAAUCUAAGAUUACAGAUCAUCUGUUUCAAGGACAGAUGCCUAAACGUCUCAUUUUAGGCUUUGUGGAGAAUGCGGCAUUUAAUGGAGAUCAAACUAAAAAUCCCUUUCAUUUUCAAAACUUUGGGAUAAAGAAAUUAGAUGUCAGUAUCAACGGAGAGACCAUGAGUACUCGUUGUUUUGAGCCCAAUUUCAAUGACGAUUUAUAUCUGAGAUCUUAUCUCAAUUUGUAUCAAGCCCUGGGAAAAUCAGGAGAAGAUUGGGCUCCGGACAUUACCCUAGAAGAGUAUAAAAAUGGAUACACUAUGUGGGGCUGGGAUUUCACCAAAGACCAAGAGGCACAGUCGGAUAAAUUCCAUAUCAUAGAAACUGGAAAUCUGAGAGUAGAAGUUCAGUUUACCAACAAUACAGCUACCACUUUAAAUUGUGUGGUUUAUGCAGAAUUUGAUAAACUAUUAGAAAUUAACAAACAGAGAGAAGUGAGUAUUGAUUACUAA